CCGAAACAUUCACAACCAGGAACAGCCAUCUGCAAAACUGCUGCGCUUCCCUAUGGCCUGGCUGAGCCCAGUCUGCUUUCUGAGUGGAGAACAGCGAUGACAGAGGACAGCAACUAGACUCUGCACCCUGAAAUAGGCGAUAAAUUCUAUUGCCCUGUACCACCACAAAGCCAGCCUCCCUCAGGGUCUGUCAGCUGGAAGUACCCCGAAGGGCCAAGAUGGCAGCUGCUGACUCCAGGGCUCACACAGAGAAUGUGGCACUGGUGGAGCUGAGAAAGGAGGCUUUGGAGCCUCCAGUGCAGAAGGUGACCUGCGGCAGUGUCCAAGACAAGAAGCCAGGAGACCCUGAUGCUACUCUGUCCUGGGACCAGUCCUGGCACUCUUCCAUGAGUGAGGUGAGCACGGAGCCCACCAUCCCAUCCCGCAAGGCAUCUGAGACAGAGAAGAGGCCAAGCCCCGAGGGGAGCCGCAUGGGCCCCGAGCUGGGGCCUACUGGAGAGGAGGAGGUUUUCCCCGGCUCUUCCCUUCUGCGGGAGGAGGAGGAAGGCAACAGGAUGCCUGAGGUGGCCGCGCAUGUUUUCAUCCCCAUCAAUCCCCACUGUAUCGAGAAGGCCCCCGGGUGCCGAGGCUCGGUAGGGGGCAAGGACUGGAAGAAGAAGCAGCAGCAGCUGGAGGAGGAGGCCAUCGUGUGCUGUGAGAAGGAGAACGGCAACCCCGAGAAGCUGGCCUUCCGGACCCACGGCCUCCUGAGCUACCCCACGCACUACGACGAGCCAGCUGACUACAACGAUGGCCAAACCAAACCACUUUCCAAGAGGCUGCAGUGCCUCCAAUGCCAGGACUGCAGCUCUGCCAACCUCAAGGCUGUGGCCUCCAUGAUCGGGGCCAUGAUCAUCUUCCCCUGCUUUGUGUACGGGGCCUACGUCUUCCUGCCCUUUGAUGCCCCCCUGAUGCCAACCAUGAGCGCUCGGCUGGUUUACACCCUUCGCUGCGGAGUGUUCGGCACCUUCCCCAUCAUCCUAGGUCUGAUCGUGUACGGGGUCUCCCGCCUCUGCUUCUCGUCGGUGCAGCCCUUCGGGGAGCUGCGCAGGGAGGUGGAGAUCCACCGCAGCUACGUUUCCCAAUCCGUCUACCUCUUCAUCCUCUACUUCUUCAACAUUGCUGUGCUGGCCACCUACCUCCCUCAGGAAGCCCUGAAACUCAUCCCAUUGCUCACAGGGCUGUUCGCCAUCUCACGGCUGCUGUACUGGCUGGCUUACGCCAUGGGUCGCUCUUUCCGCGGCUUUGGCUUCGGCCUGACCUUCCUGCCCCUGCUGACCAUGCUCUUGUGGAACCUCUACAGCAUGUUCAUCCUGGAGCCCGAGAACAUGUUCGCCACUGCCGCCAACGGCAAGCAGGACACGCCGUCGGAGAAGCAGAGUCGGGCCUCAGCGCCCAAGCCGAGAUACUGGGGGUAAAGGAUGGGACAAGGGACUCGGAUGCUUGGCAGCAGGGAGAUGGAUUUGAUGGUGAUGAACAGAGCCCGGAUGGGGGGCUCAUCCGGGGCACCCAUAUUUCAGCGUGAGUGCCCCGAUGCCCAAUGGGCUGGUUUGCAGAAGCGCUGAGCAACCCUCAACUCCAGCCCCACCUGGCGCAGGCUCUGAAUCCCAAGCCUUAAGUGCUGAAGUUAGUGGCCAAAUACAGACCUGUCCAUGCAUGAAAAACAUGGGCCCAACAGCGCCUCCUACUGGAAUCAAUCAAGCAAUUUAAUUCCACCAGCUAACCUGAUCAGCUGGCUUCAAAGGGUUAAUUCAGUCCUCCCUUUAACUUGAUCCAGACCUCAACUAGCUAUUUAUAUUUCAAUCGUCCUUUCUUCUGACCACUCUAAAGCAGGUGCUCUUGGAUAAUUAGAUCAUGGAGCAACAGUCCCCACUAAGGAGCCUGAGAAUUUCAAGGAGACGAAAGAUCCUUGCUCAUAAAAGAGGACUUGACUGAUAAGCCUCAUUAACUGCACUGAUAAAGGCAGUGAGAUCAGGCUCUUAGCUCAGUCGGAGCCAGGCUAACAGACUAGGGGGAUGUCUGUACGUGCUGCGCAGGUGAAGACGUUCUAUGCGGGUGGGAGAGAGCUCUCAGUCGGCAUGAAAACCCCACCUCUGUGAGUGGCAGAAUCUAUGGUAGCAGGAGAAGCUCUCCUGGGGACAUGGUGAUGUCUGCAUGGACAGGGGGCAGUUAGGUCAGUAUAAUUGUUGCUCAGGGAGUGUGGAUUUUUCACACCCUGAGCCGAGGUAGUUAUCCCAGCACAAGUUGGUUGUGUAGAACUGGCCUAACUCCGAGUGUCACAGCUAAAUUCAGGGUGGAACAGAUUAUUUACUUAACAUAUUUCAAGGGACCAUUCGAGGUGAAGGGGCCUGUUCACACCCCUCCAGUCCUAGGGAGGAAAGGAAUGGAGGGGAAGGAGUUAUUAGUGGGUUUCAGCUUGUUCGCGUGAUCCAUAAAUCCAGCGUCUCUCUUCAGCCCAUGAUUUUUAUUGUCUAGCAAAGUUAACAGGCCAUGUCUCCUUGAACGGUCCCUUGAAAUAUGCAUUAACUACUUCUGUUCCACCUUGUAUUUAGCUGUGACACUGGGGUCCUCAGACCUGAAGAACUCUGUGCAGCUGAGAAGCUGGUGUCUCUCACCAGCAGAAGCUGGUCCAAUACAAGAUAUUGCCUCAUGCACUUUGGGCUGGUCUACACUGGCAGGGGGUGUUUCGAAGUAAGAUACGCAACUUCAGCUACGCAAAUAGCAUAGCUGAAGUCAAAGUAUCUUAGUUUGACUUACCUGGCCGUCCUCACAGCGGCGAGUCCACUGCUGCGGCGCCCCCGUCGACUGCACUUACACCUUCUGCCGAGGUGCAGUACGGGCGUCGAUUAGCAGAUCGAUUUAGCGCAUCCAGAGAAGACACGAUAAAUCGAUCCCCAAUACAUCGAACACUACCCGCCGAUCCUAUAGACGUACCCUUUGUCUCUCUAGACUGGAAUAAGCAGCCAGUGUUUUCACCCAUUUUCCGGGGUGGGACUGGGUUUGACUCGUCCUUGUCAACAGGAACAUGUGCAGCACCAAGGGCUCUUAGGCCAGACUGAUGUAUGAGCUUCCGGAUUGUGUAUUGAUUUUGACGGGGUGCGGCUGUCUCUGAGGCUAACAGCUGGGGCUAUUCUCCUUUUGGUUGUGAAACACUACAAGGCAAACAGUGGAUGGAGGGCACAGGGGACAUGCGGAAUCAGUAAACAGCUUCCCCGGGCAAGUAGAAGAACAAGUUUCAUCAGUGGGUGGAUCAGGAUUGAUUGGUAUCGGGUCACUUUCUUUUACUUAACCCCGGGCUGGAGUGGGCAUUACUUAAAGUCUUUUGCAACCAUCAUGCUGGGCCUAGUCCGUCCUGCUAGACUCCUCCCUACCCUGGGGAACAGGGUGAACUGUUUAUUGUCCCUGCAGUUGUCUCAGAACUCCCCUAGUGGUUUCUGAAAAUGUGAAUCCACCCAUGUUUUGUUUGCUUGCAUAUACAUUCUUUCUUUUAACCUCUGCAGCGCUAGGGCCAAAUUAGCCAGUGGGGACGGGGUGAAGUCUGCAUCACUUGAAGUCUUUAAAUCAGGACUGGAUAGCUGAGACAGAGAUACUCUAGCUUGACCAGAAGCUAUGGGGUUGCUGCAGGAAGCACCUGAUGACGUUUUCAGGCCUGGGUUAUACAGGAGGUCAGGGAGGCAGUGUGGUCUAGUGGACUGCACUGGGACUCAGGAGAUCUGGGUCCUACUCCUGCCUCUGUCACGGGCCUAUUGGGUGAUCUUGGGCCAGUCGCGCCCCCACUCUAUGCCUCAGUUUCCCCAUCUGUAAAAUGGGGAUCAUGCUCCUGAUCUCUUUUGUAAAGCAUUUUGAGAUUGGCUGAUGUACAGGGCCAUAGAAAAGCUAGGGAUUAUUAUUAAUAUAGUUCUGGCUUUAAAAGUCUACAAUUGACAUCCUGGCACCUCCCAGGCAGCCAGGCCUCCAUUAGCCAUCACCCUCCUUCCAAAAAACUCAUUUGCAGAGAGCAGCACUGGGGGGGGGGGGGCUGUGUGUAAGGAAAAGGAGGCUUGGACUACACAGUUUUGCAGCAUGUGGCCCCUGACCAAGCAAAGCAUCUGUGCAAAGUCCCUUGUGCUGGCUAUCCUUACUUCUGUCAGGAGUGAUGUACCCUGGGGACUGUGACAGGGACUGCUGCCAGCUAGGAGACAGGGAAUUUGGGGAGGUUCAAUUCUACUUGUUACCUUCCAGUUUUACUCUUCACAUCAGGCAACGUUUUCUGUUUCUAAAUAGAUUUUUUAAUGUGAUGGCUGUUGUGUUGUUUCGGGGGGGGAGGGAAGAGUUAUGGGUUUUUUUGUUUGGUUUGUGUUUUUUCGGUUUUGGUAGCCACUUUUGCUAAAUACAGUGCAAGGUGUAAACCAGAUCCAUGUCCGAGUACCCAGCGUUCGGUACGAUUUUAUCUUUAUGUGCAAAGUGCGUGAAUAAAACCUUUCCCAUGGGUUUCCCAUCCCUCCUUGUUUUGCCCUUUAGGCUAGUUAUGGCUUAGCAAAGAACAUUACAUACGAUUUUCAAGAAUGCCUACUGAUUUUGGCUGUCCACCUUGAAACACCAUAAAGGGGUUAUGUUCACAGCACAUACACAGAAAAGUUACAUAGAAACAUAAAGUACUCUUGCUGGAAGGUUGCAAUGUAACAUAACUUUAUGUCUUAGAAUUCAGAACAAUAACACACAAAAACAGAGAGAGAGAAAGCAGGCUGCUCCUUAAGGCAGUGAGGAACAGUUCACCGCACCUUGCUUUAAGCUGGUUCUUUACCAGCUCCUUUGCUCAAAUGCUUCACUCAAGACUCCUCUAGCCUGCAAGCAAACCCAGGAAAACCCUUUCACUUAAAGUGAUAGUUUGUAAUUUCAGCACUGUUUUCAACACACCACAAAAGGGACCUAAUUUUCAGAGGGCACGUGCUCAGCGCCGGUCUUAAAAAACAAACAAACAGAAUGCUUUGGUGAUUUUUGAGGUUGGGUCAAAAAUUCUUAUCUGAUUGGAUGGGGAAGUAGGUGGAUGGGUCUUGGAAAAGUAAGUUGGAGAAGCUGGAUGGAAAUCAGAGAAGCAGAGGGAGUGGUUGUAUUCAGGGCCAAUGAGGAGGGGUGAAGUGAAUCCAGAGUUUUGAAAGACAGGAAAUCUCAUUCUAAACUGGAGCAAGAGCUGAACAGGAAGCCAAGGCAGAUCAAUGGAGGAUGGUGAUGAAACGGCCCAACUUCCUGCAAUGACGGGGCAUGCCAGUCGCAGCACGACGAAGCAGGAAUUGAAGGCUAUUCAAGUUGGAUUGCAAUAAGUGAGACGAGAAGUGAUUAUGCCACAGAUGAGACAGGUCUGGAUUCUGGUAACAUUCCAAACACCACAGGCAGCAGAGAGAGCGUGAGAAGAGGCCAGAAGCGUAGGGUUGGAGGUGAACUCCCUGUAUGUCUGGAGCUGGAGCAGAUAAGGAAGGUGACAAUGGAAUCAGAGAUCUAGGACAAAGUGGAGUUGCAUCUAUGGAGAAUGCAAUAGACAGACCACGUCUGGU